UGUGCUUGAUAAAGAUGAAUAUUUAGAGAAUAUUUGAUUAUCAUUGUGCAGAUCCUUUGAAAUGGAUAAUACCUGUCCAAAUCAGGAUGAAACAAAACAAUCAAUAAGAAAUAUUGAACAAGCCAGUGUGACACCAUUGUUAGCUUCAAAGAAAGAAAACCAUCAAGGAAAACAAUUACAAGUGCUUACUAAAGGAAGUGGUAACAAUGGAAAUGAACUAGUGUCUUUUGAGACUGAAGAGGACAUAUGGAAAGCUGCUGGUAAAAUGUGUGAAAGAUUGCAGGACUUGGGGAGAGAAACUGUCAUUAUGUCAGUAAACAAACAAAGGGAGACAAUUAGAUGUGAGGCAUCAACUGUUGGACAGAAUUUCUUGGACACAAAUCCUAAAUGUUUACAAAAGUUCAAGGAUUUCUGUAUGGCUUCAGACAAUGAAAUAUCACCUAGCAAUACUGAUGGACCAGUAAUGUUUAUCAACACCACAGAUUUUGAUGGGAAUGAUUCUAACAUGUCUAAUGGGAGUUCUUACAGAGACAAUCAUUCUGGUAGUACAACUGAAAUAGAUGAAGAACAUAACGUAGACUACAAAAGUAAAAGAAAUGAUCUUGUUGAUGGGGUACUCAACAUAGUGAAAACAAAGCUACGGAAAUUUAAUACGAAAAUGACAAAUGGAAAGAAACGUUAUGCUUGCGACAUAUGUAACAAAGAAUUUAGUAAGCUAAGUAACGUGCAGCGACACAAGAAAGUGCAUGAGAAAAAUAAGUCUUUCAGUUGUGUAACAUGUAAUUCAGGCUUCACGGAACUUGGCAAGUUACAAAAACACAUUCAACAACAUAAAGAUGAUGAUUCAUUAGAAAAAGGUUCAACUAAAAAUAUCACUGAAGAAAGUGAGAUGCCGAAUGAUAAACUGACACGGCAGAAAUCUUAUUCUUGUAGUAUAUGUCGGAAAAAUUUCAAGAAUAGUACAUCGCUUAGAAUCCAUGAGAACCGACACAAAGGGAUAAAACCUUAUAAGUGUGGAGAAUGUGAUAAAUCAUUUAGCUCGUCUGGUAAUCUAAGUGCACAUAAGAAAAUCCACUCCAGUGACAAGGCUUAUAUGUGUACUGUGUGUGGUAAACAGUACAAUCAGCACAGUGAAUUUCUUAUUCAUGAAAGGAAUCACCGAAAUGAACGUCCUUUUGCUUGUAAGUAUUGUGAUAAAACAUUUAGUCGAUCCGGAUGUUUACAUAAUCAUGAGAGAAUACAUACUGGUGUAAAGCCAUAUUUGUGUGGAACUUGCGGUAAAGCAUUCAGUCGAAGUGACCGUUUGCAUAUACACGAACGCUGUCAUAGCGGUGAAAAACCAUUCAUGUGCAAUGUAUGUGGUAAAGUAUACAGCGAUAUGAGUAAUUUAAGGUCACACAAGAAAACACACGAUGGACAACUUCACUACUGCAACAUAUGUGGAAAGGGUUUUGUAUACAAAACUGGUUUAAAUAGACAUGAAAGGGAAAAACAUGAUGUCAAAAUGGAUGAACAGAUGAAUGAUGCGGAAGAUUUUGAAACAAUAUACUCUACAGAAGUGAAUGAAAGUAUAAAGGAAAUGUAUGAGAAACAAAAUUUUGAAAAAGUGGACACCACCAUUAAUACAAAUGAGAAAACUGAUAAAUCAAUUGGAGGAACAAAUCUUACUAAAGUGCUGCCAAUGAAAGGAAAUUUAAAAAAUGAUGAAUUAUCGGAUAAAGGAUAUUUUGAAAAAGUGGACACGACCAUUAAAAUGAUUAAUGCAGUUGAGGAAAUUGGUCGAAGAAAAAAUGAUACAGUUGUGCGACCAAUUAAAGGAAAUCAACAAAUUAAUGAAAAAAGAAGUUUAGAAAAAGUGGGCGGGAGGACUGUCAAUGACAAAAUAAAUGAAAUGUCUAAACAAGCUAAGUUAGAACAUGUAGAAAAAGUUAAUAUGAUGAAGAAAAAUAAACAAAUUGAAAAAAUUGCAGAUUCAGCAAAUUUGGAAAAAAAUCAUACUGGGAAAAUGAAUAAACAGAUUAACGAAUUAAAUGAAAGAGCAGCUUUUGAAAAAGAUAAUUUUAUAGAAAGAAAUGAGACAAUGGAAGCUGUAAAUGAAGUCAUGAAUUUUGAAAAUCCUGCCGAAAGGAGAAACUUUUAUCAUCAUCUUUAUGGCAGUCUUUUGGCAGGGGCAAAUGCCAUGCAUAAUACAUAUACAAUGAAUAGAUAAUAAUAUACUAAUAUUAACAAGUCAUCCAGAUGUAUUUUCUAUUGUUUUUGUCAUAAAAGAUUAAAUUCUAAU